GAAGCAAAAUAUCAUGUCUAUACUUCGUAUCAGAAUUCAGAACGUUUAGAAUAUUUCAGUUUUCUUUCUAGCAUUCAUCGUGAUGGCUGUUCCAAAAAGAAAAUAUCAAAUGCAGUCAUAAUUAGUGGAAAG